UACUCACCUCUCACCAUGGCCAAGAAGCAGCUCACCAUCCAAGAGUGCGACGCGCUCCUCACGUCCCCGGGCACCAUCUUCGAGAUGGAGGAGCGCGUGCUGGGCGGACGGCGCAUGAAGACGUGGAAACACACCCCGCCGACGUUCCGCGACUUUCUCGGCACGUCUCUGCCGCGCUGGGCGGCAGAGGGGCGCGAGAUGGUGUCCGAGCCGGUGCCGGAGCCGGCAGCGUACUAUGCGCGUCAGAAGGUCUCCUACGCAGAGGUGUACGCCAAGGCGCUCAAGCUCGCCGGGUGGCUCCGCGAGCGCGGCGUCCGCGCCGGCACACGUGUAGCCAUCGGUGGCGCCAACAGCUCGGACUGGAUCGUCGCCUUUGUCGCCGUCAACCUCGUCGGCGGCUGCUCGGUGCUGCUCAACUCGAGCCUGCAGCCCGACGUUCAGGCGCACUGUCUCGCACUGACCAAGCCGGUCCUUAUCCUUGCUGAACCCAAGUACGCCGAGGUGAUUGCGCCGCUUGCUCCAGCGCUCGCGGAAAGGGGUGUGGGCAAGAUCUACUCCUGGGGCCAUGUAUACCACCUCCCGCGCGAGCUCCAGGCCAACAUCAGCGACAUCACCACCGUCAACCCGCUCCCCGAGGUCGUCGCUGCCGUCGAGCGCGGCGUGGACCUCGACGGCUACGGCCCAGAAUCUGACGGCGUCAUCUACUUCACCUCUGGCACGACGUCGAUGCCCAAGGGUGUGAUGCUUACGCAGCACCAGUGUCUAGUGCAUGUGCUCGCGGGGUCGAUCCCCGGUGCCCGUGCCCGCCUACGCGCGGGCGAGUCCCUCGAAUCCGCCCUCGACGUCGCCAACCCACCCCCAACCCAGCCAGUGAUGCUACUCCCCGUGCCGCUGUUCCACGUCACAGGAUCUCUCGGGUGGAUGGUCCGCGCAUUCGUCGUCGGCGCCCGCAUGGUCUUCAUCCGGCGGUGGAACGUCGAGGACGCGGCCAAGCUGAUUGUCGAGGAAAAGGUGGCCUACUUUGGCGGCGUGCCGGCUGUCGCCGUCGCCAUCAUCCAGAGCAACCUCCUCCCCAAGGACCACAUCAUCGAGGGUAUCACGUACGGCGGCGCGCCGCCCCCACAGCGCCUGGCCGCGGACAUUGCCACCCGCUUUGCGGGGGCCUCGGCACAGCACGCCUACGGCAUGACCGAGACGGCGGGGCUGAUUACCGGUGUCGCGGGGCAGGACUACAUUGACCGCCCCGAGGCGGUGGGCCUCGCCGUGCCAACUUGCGAGAUCCGCGUCGUCGACCCCAUGACCAAGCAGCCGCUCCCAGCUGGCGAGAUGGGGAUUCUCGAGUGCCGCGGGAACAACAUUAUGAAGGAGUACAUUGACAACCCGAAGGCCACGGCCGAAGCGCUCAACGCCGACGGCUGGCUCAACACGGGCGACAUGGCGAGCAUUGACGCCGAGGGGUACCUGUACAUCCGCGACCGGGCCAAGGACGUGAUCAUCCGCGGCGGCGAAAACAUCGCUUCCGCAGAGGUCGAGAACGCAGUGUACCUCGACAACCGCGUGGCCGAGGCCGCCGCCGUCCCCGUCCCGUGCGAGCGCAUGGGCGAGCGCGUCGCGGUCGCAGUCAGCCUGGCACCCGGCGCGAGUGCCACGGCAGAGGAGAUCCAGGCGGCGGUAAAGCCAAGACUCCGGCACGUCGCGCAGCCUGUCAUUGUCGUCGUGUGGCCCGAGCCGCUGCCCCGUAACGCCAACCGCAAGAUCCUCAAGUCGGACAUUAAAAAGGUCGUCCACGAGCACUGGGACGCGCAGGGCCGACAGGAGGUCAAGCCGCGGUUGUAG